UUUUCAACAAAAAAAAAAAAUGUAUCAUCAAAAUAAUUCUAAGAAUUCUGGUGUAGUGCUCGAUGUUAUGCCUCAGCAUUACAGCAUUCAUCAUAGUCAGAGCAGUCCGUCGCAAUCGCCUAAUCAACUAUACAAGGAUCCGUCUAGUCCUAACGCGGAAUUGAAGGCUGCCACUUCGACGAGUCCUUCAUGUGUAAACGACCCUAAUAUAAGAAGGUACAGGACCGCUUUCACCAGGGAACAACUGGCUAGGUUGGAAAAAGAAUUUUAUAAAGAAAAUUAUGUUUCUAGACCUAGGAGGUGCGAGUUGGCUGCUCAAUUGAACUUGCCCGAAAGUACGAUCAAGGUCUGGUUUCAAAACAGAAGAAUGAAAGACAAACGUCAAAGGAUGGCUAUAGCGUGGCCGUACGCGGCGGUUUACACAGAUCCGGCUUUCGCGGCGUCCCUCCUACAAGCCGCCGCUUCAACUCUGCCUCUGCAUUACCCGCCGCCGCCUCCCCUUUACACCCCGCAUUAUCCCCGUUAUCCCCAUUAUCCCGGUUUCGGCGUGCCGACUUUAACCAAUCACCACGUGCAACAAAAUAUGGGUUUAGCCGCUUCUCCGAUCGCCCCCGGUAUACAUCAACCGGCGGGUUUGAAUUUGAAUUUAAAUUUCGAUUUUCCUCACGCUUAUCAACGGGAACAGCCCAAAAUGUCGCCCGAUUCGCCGGUACGUUCGGAAAUUAGUCUGAGUCCUCCUAUACAAGAUGGCGGACUACUUAUAGCCGCGUCGAAAAUGUCUCCCGCGACUCAAGUGAGCGAGAAACCGAAACUGUUUAAACCUUACAAAUCAGAAUUGUGAAUAAUUUUUUGUUUUUGAGUUUUUAUGUGGAUUUCGUUUGGUACUAGAUACGGGGUUUUCAGUUUAAUUAAAUUUGAGGUAGCUGUCGAAAAUACCCUGUAUAUAACGUGGUUUAUAGACGCGCGAUAUUUAAUUUGUGUACAGGAUGUUUAAAAUAAAUGUGAUGUAAAUAAUUUGUAUAUAGAUG